AUGCAAGAAUCAUCAGUGACACAAAUGAGUUCAAUAGGAAGUGGAAAUCUUUUCAAUGCAGGGAAAAUUGGAAUUGUUAUGGUUGGGCUUCCUGCACGCGGAAAAACACAUCUUUCAGUAUCUCUUUGCCGAUAUUUGUUAUGGCUUGGUGUUAAAACCCAUGUUUUUCAUUUAGGAGAUUAUAGACGACAAAACCUUAAGAAAGGAGAAAUUUUGCCUGAGGAUUAUUUUUAUGUCAACCCUUCGGAAAAAAUGAAGGAGUUUCGUAAUUCAGUACUUUCAUGUUGUAAAAAAGAUAUAAUAAAAUUUUUCGAUGAAAACGGGCAAAUUGCUAUUUAUGAUGCAGCAAAUCCAAGAGUAUCAGAUCGCCGUUUUUGGGCUUCUUUUUUUUCAGAAAAGGGAAUUCAAUCUCUUUUUAUAGAAUCUCUUUGCGAUGACCCUGAAAUAAUUGAAGAGAAUGUACGAUGUUUGAGAAUAUCAUCUCCAGAUUAUAUCAGUUGGAAACCUGAAGACGCUGUUGAGGAUUAUUUAAAACGCAUUAAUAACAAAAUACCUUUUUACGAAACCAUUGUAGAAAACGAUUUAAGUUAUAUUAAAGUUAUAAAUUUAUGUCAAAAAUUAAUAAUUAAUAAUGCAAAUAUCGGAUAUCUACCCUCACGGAUUAUAUUUUAUUUAAUGAAUAUACACGUAAAACCAAGAGCCAUUUAUUUUGCUAGUAUAUGUGAUUCUUUACAUGAUGAUAUCAAUUCCAGAAAAAGCUGCGUAAAUAGAGAAGAUCAUCAAUAUGCAUCUGCAUUUGUAUAUACAUUGUUAAAGGACCGAGAAGAAACACAAAGUCAGGCCAAUACUGGUAAAAAUAAAAAUGCUAAGGACCUAACUAUUUGGACGCCUAUCUUAUGCAAAAUGUGCCAUAUAACCAGUCUUCUUGAAAAUAAAGGAUACGUUGUCGAUCAACGACCACUCUUAAGACAAGUUAACCUGGGUGUUGUUGAGGACAUGACAAUGGAAGAAAUAGAAGAAAAAUAUCCUACUGAGUUCCGUCUCUACCAGGAAAACCCAUAUACACACCGCUUUCCUCGCGGAGAGCUUGCACGAUCUAGGCCUCCGACUAGAGUCUGUCAUUCUGGAAAUCGAGAGAGAAAAUAA